UUUCCGGUCUUCAAUGAAUCAGUUAUAAAUUAUAAUUAUUAUUUGAUUUACAAUAGUUUAUCGUUUAAAGUUUAAACUUAAACAUAAUAUUUUAUAUCUCAUUUUAAUUAUAUUUUUUAUUGUCGCUAUUUAUAUAUUUCCUAACCAAUUUUGUUUAAAAAUAAUUGUAGACUAUUUGAUUCCUAUCAAAUUCGUCUUUGUGUUUGGGAAUUCGACGUCUUUCACGGAUAAAACUUAAAAUGGCAAUUUGGUUACCUUUAGAAUCGAAUCCAGAAGUAAUGAACAAGUUCUUGCAUCACAUGGGAGUACCCGAUGAUUGGAAUAUGUUUGACAUUUAUGGUCUCGGAGAGCAAGAACUAGCAAUGGUCCCCUUGCCGUGUGCAUCAGUUAUUAUGUUAUUUCCUUUUAAUGACGCUUAUGAGAAUCGAAGAAAUGAAGAAGAACUACUGAUUAAAUCAAAAGGUCAAAAAGUGUCAGAGGAUCUAUAUUAUAUAAAACAGUAUGUGGGCAAUGCUUGUGGAACAAUAGCACUUUUACAUAGUGUGGCUAAUAACAGGGACAAAAUUGAGUUAAAAGAAGGCCUAUUAAAACGGUUUUUGGACGAAGGGGAAAAUUUGUCUCCAUCUGAUCGCGGCCAUUUAUUAGAAAAAAAUGAAGAAAUGAGUAAUGCACACAAGGAAGUCGCAAUCGAUGGCCAGUCCGCAGCACCAGAUCCGGCCGAUGCAGUUCCUUAUCAUUUUGUUGCGUUUGUAUGUAAAGACAAUAGUCUGUAUGAAUUAGAUGGCAGAAAGUUUGAACCAAUUAAUCAUGGUCCAUCCAAUCCAGAUUCAAUACUUGUGGAUACAGUUAAGGUCAUCCAAGAAAAAUUUAUUGCUCCCGAGUCGGGCAAUAUUCAUUUCACAUUAUUGGCGAUGUCCAACUGCAGUGAAGAAAUCUAGAUAUAAAAUAAUAUUUAAGUAUGAUGUACAUUAUUACUGUCAACUUAAACAAAAUAAUACAAUGUAAAAUUUAAUUUAUAUUUUUAUUUUUUAUGAAAUUAUACUUCAAUAUUAUUAUAAUUUUUUUAUACAAUAAAAUAUGAAUUUAAUAUGCUUUC